GAUAAGCCAUCGGUUACGGCAGCGUGCAGUAUGGACUGAUUAUGCAAAUGUCAUGCCGGUAAAACAGACCUGUUGAAUGGGGGAGACCCAUUGACGUUUAUAGACCCACCUUAGACCACGGCAGCAGACGGGCCAAUUCGACCCCCGGCUCUAAAUGGUAGCAGUAAAACGGGUCUGGAUUAGCCAAGAGUAAACUUAAUUAAGGUCAUAACAGCCAGGGUUGGACCAUGUCCAAACAUUACUUCUUGAUCCCGCCCACCAUGAAAUGGUCCGCCCCCAAGGAAAUCAUUUGGGCAGGGGGAGGGCGGGCCUGAUUGACAAAUGCAGCCACGCAACAAAUAAACAGUGCGUCUGCGCGCCCUCACACAGUGGAGUCCGCGGUGUGGCAGCCGUCAGUGUCGGUGUUGUGGCAGCAGAGUCAGUGUGCGUACGUCCCCAGCUCGGUCACAACGUGAUUUAGCGCUCUUCCGCCGCCAGACUUGUCCUUCUGACGCCUCCGGUCGCUUCCUCCAACCUGACCACGCCGAGGCGCACUGCGAGUCUGAAGUCAAACUUUCCCAACUGAAGACGGCCUUGGCGUGAAACUGUGACCACUUCACUAGUGUGCAGUUCGCACAACAAGACGGUUGUUGCUAACUCACGUCCAUUGCGAUUUAAGAAACUGUGGGAAGACUUUCACAACAAGCCGUGGACAUUGUGAGGAUCCGUUUUGACAACUCUGGAGUCGUCACAGCGCGCCUGGACCAGGGGAUUCCAAGAUUUCGCAAUGACUUCGAUGCGCCCGCAGCCGGACCUCAUGGACAACAUGCAACAGUACGCGAGUGUCGAUAGCAUGGCGAUGUAUUCCCGUAAUAUCCAGGCACCACAGCACAGCGGCUAUCCGCUAGAAUAUCCCCAGACGUCCUACUCCUCACACUGGUUUAACGGACUCACCAACCCCUACCUGAAUAUUUCUUCCAACGCGGGGUACGGCAUGCCGAGUUCCUACACGCCUCCGCCGCCGCCACAGAGGAACUACCUCACUCCGCCAGGCUUCGGGAGCUCCGACUUGAGUUGGAUCUCUCUGCCGUCUCAACAGGAGCUGUUCAAGCUCGUCAGGCCGCCUUACUCCUACUCCGCUCUCAUCGCCAUGGCCAUCCAGGCCGCCCCGGAGAAGAAGCUCACGCUGUCCGGUAUCUACCAGUACGUGGCCGACAACUUCCCGUUUUACAAGAAGAGCAAGGCCGGCUGGCAGAACUCUAUCCGGCACAACCUCUCACUGAACGACUGCUUCAAGAAAGUGCCAAGGGACGAAGACGAUCCAGGCAAGGGCAAUUACUGGACCCUCGACCCUAACUGUGAGAAGAUGUUCGACAACGGCAACUUCAGGAGAAAGAGGAAGAGGAGGGACCAGUCCGGCGGCGCCGGGGGGCAGCAGAACCGGCCGCCGGGCGUCCCCAACCCUGCCUCCAAACCCGCCGGCACGCUAGAGAACGACCCGGUCCCCAGCGCCGCCGCCACGGCACAACAGGUGCUCGCGCCCAAGCAGCCUUCCAUCGCCAGCGACGUCCUGCCUCCAGCCGACGUGCCUCCGUCAGCGGGGCAGACCCACACUUCCCUCGGCAUGAUGAGCGACAUGAGCCGACAGCACCACCCGCCCAGCUGCGGCGCACCCAUGCACGGACCUCCAUCGACCCACAACCAGACCCUGUCGGGACACCACGACGUCUACUCCGGGCAACACUCGCACCACACGUCGGUGACGAAUCCCUUCAACUUCAGCGUCAACAACCUUAUUCACUCCACAGAGAACAAGGUAUGAACCCAACAACAUAAAUGCAACAUCACGAACUCUGUACACCAAACUUACCUGAACUCGAACUCAAGUAUAACAUUUUAGUGGAAUGUCUCUUGGGCGCUGAGUUGUACCAAAAGAGUGGAGAAAGGACUUCCUCCGAACAAGCAAUGUUGUACGAGAUUUGUAUCCUAUUUGCUGAACUUAAUAAUGCUUUUACAACGGAUUUUAAGGAAAGAUAUCAUCCUAAUCAUAGGUCUCUGUAAAUGAGAUUACAACACAGGUAGAUGUACAUAGUCUACCUGCUCAGCAAAAGGUAAAAAGAUAACUGCGCCCUUCUUUGUGGAAACAGACCGUACUCUCCAAUUCUCACUGAAUUUCUUGACUAGACGACUGUUUUUGAACAGAAAGUGUACAAAAAUGUUUAUCCAAGUCCGUAUAAGAAUCACUAUUGGUAGUAGGUACUUUGCAGAGAUGUUUGUUGUACAAUCAUCUAAAGUGUUUUGAUUCGUUUCUCUAUCUUAUUUUUGUGUAAUUUAUCUCACAUAAUUUGAAUCUGAUGACAAAGUUGCGAUCUCUUAUGUAGUAAGCAAAGCUUACCAAAGAAAGAGUGAUUUUUGUGUGAUUACCAUAUCAAAUCAUGUAUUUAUAUAGUGGACAGUAGAGGAGUAUAAAAUAAGGAAAUAUGCCCAAGUGGCUAGGAUUACCCUGCUUACAGGAUGGUCUUGAACCAUACUUUGUGCUUAUAAUGGCCUGAUAUAUUAGGUCGGAAGUUUUCUGGUGAAGCCAUGUGGUGUUUUCACCGCCGCGCUCUCAAUUUGUUUGGCUUGUUUGUAUAUUUUGUGUUAUGAGCACGCUGCUCCGGGCUUGUGUCCCAACACCAGAAUCAGGCCACUUGGCCAACAGAAAAUAUUGCCCUUUUCCCGCUGGGACUAUGUGGUAAAUAUUUCCGCAUGUAUAAUUUUUGUCCUCAGCAUUUAAAAUUUCAUAAAACAGCUAAAAUGGCAUUCAUUUUUUUCAGUUUUGGAAAUGUACGCAUAUGAUAUUUCUAUAUCAAGGGCAUCAUUAUCGCACAAAGUUAGAGGAUGGAUUUCUUCUCAUUAAAAACUCUUCCGAGGAGCGAAACUUUGAUUUUGGCAGACAUUUAAUCCACACAAAUAUUACUUCAGCGCCAGAGAAUCAAGAAGACGAAAUAAUGCUGGAUGAAUAAUUAUAAUUACAAUGAAUAUAUAUAAAACUUGUUAAGUAAUUUUUGUUCAAAAUGAGUUGCGUAAGAUGUACAUAUCAAAUUUUUUGACUGUUGCAGAGUAUAUAACUAGCAGCAUACUAGUCUAAAUAAGUACCGUUAUGUACGUACGAGACGUCUAUACUAGUUGGUUGAUUCUUUUUUUGUUGUCUUUAUUGUAUCGAAGUCACCCAUGUGGUUAGCCUUUUGGCAAACAACGUCUCCCGUGAAUAAAGAAAGCUUGUUGUGGCUCACUCCC